AUGAACAUCCCUAAAGACUCAUUGAUGCCAGAGUAUGGCGAUGGAAUCAAUGCUCUACGAUAUUUUACCCUUACAGAGCCGGAAACUGAUAGUGGCCACUCUCUCGUCAACCAUGUACAAGUUCCUGAGCAUCAACAACCUAUUCCACAAAAGCACACUCGACUGAGUGCUGGUCUUGACAGUGGCUGUAGUACUCCGCCAGAGGGAUCAUUCGACCCGCAGGAUGCCAGCGUUGAUGAGGAGAUGAGUCGACUUGAAAACUCUUAUCGAAACUCGCCUAAACACAACAUCCAAGCCUUGGACUAA